AUGAUAGACGUUGUAAGCGUAAGUACGUCCGCCUUUUCCAGGCGAAGCAGGAGCUCAUUAUUGAUCCUUUUGCUCGUCUUUUUAUAUUCGAACAUAGUUCCUGGGAUGGAACACAAUUGCCCUCUUCUUCUACGCGGAAGGAGAUUGCAGAGACGGUUAGCCAAGUGCUGCGCAAGUGAAGUUACUUGCCCCGUUAAAGUUGCAGAUCGCCAAGGUAAAAGUGAAAAUGAAGUUGUGGUGGAAUCAAAUAGAAAAUUUCCCAUAGGAUGCACGGAGGAAGACUUGAACAAAUAUUUAAAAAAAAGAAUAAAGCUGAAUAUGAUGUAUGUCUCCGGAAUGUUACGACUGAAUCUGAAAGAUGCAUACAUAGGAAGUUACCGUUAUUUUAAACAUUUGAAAAAAGGUUACUAUAAAAUGAUGGAGUCUUUAAGGAAGCGGUUUUAUAAGCGUACCUUAAAAUAUGCAAUACCUGAAGAUAUGCUGGACAAUAUUUGGGAGGAAUGCGAGGCAGGGUUAAUUGGAGAUCUGAAUGAAAUGGAAGAUUUUUGCAUCGAGAGCAUGUUCGAUUUUGCAGGAAAUGGAAGGGUAGGAAUUAUCUGCCGAGGCGAAUAUGAUGAAUUCACUAAGAACCUUAAGACGAUAUGCAAAAGUUUCACAAAAUUUAGUGAAAGAAAAUGGAAAGCCUUGAGUGUACGUAAAGUGAAGGUUCUUAGGAGAUCGAUGAAAAAACACAGAAAGGGAGAGGAUGACGACGAGUAUGAUGAUGAUGAUGAUGAUGACUACGACGAGGAACAAGUAAACGUAGAACAAGCUGUGAACCCAGUAGAGGUUAAACCGAAAGAAGAACAAACAGAAGAGAAAAAGAAAGAUGAAGACGCCUUAAAGAAGAAGCAGGAAAUGAUGUUGCAGUAUUUGAAAGAAAUAGAGGAACUAUUCGAUGACGAAGCAGAGCAAAUUGAUGAGGAAGGGGAACAAAUCAAAGAAGACUCGGAAGAAACAGAAAUGGAGGAUAAAUCAGAUGGAAAGGGGAAGAAAUCAAAAGGAAAAGAGAAAAAGACAAACGUACAGGAAGAAGAGUCAAGCUUAGAAGAAAAGAAAUCCGAUGGUAAGGAAAAGGAGCAACAUGAAAAAGGGAAGAAGAAGGAUAGGAAAGAAAGGAAAAAAAAUAGGAAGGAAAAGAAGAAAAAUAGGAAGGAAAAGAAGCAAGAUGGGAAGGAAACUAAGCAGGGUGGGAAGCAAAUAUAG